GUCAACAGUUCGUCGGUGAAAACGAGCUGAAUUCAUUGACUUCCACGAGGGUUAAGCUAUUUUUUGCCGUCUCCAUCCGAUUGUAGGAUUUAAAAAAUGUGGGGACAGCACUUGCAUUUGAGGUAGAUGUUAAAACAAGCUCUCCAUCCCUUUAGGCACCAUGGAUAACCUGUAUUCACUCUGCCCACCUUUCAAUAUCGACAACUUUCAACAUGUCUCCGUGUGCUUUCAAAGAACUUUUAACUCUAACGACUCUUAGGAUAUGCUGUGUUUUGCAGAAGUCUCUUGCUCACAUUUGAGAGGCGUUUUCCAGUAACAGUUAGACAUGCGGAGCCAAGGUGUGUCCUGCCUGCUGCUGCUCUUCAUCCAUGCGAGCACACCAGCGGAGGCAAGGAAAGUACCCGGGGGUAGGGCGCAACAUCGGCGGGUGCAGCAGCAGCAGCAGCCUCCGGUGCAGAGGGAGCGGGUGGAGGGGACAGAGAGCUUCCCGUUAGACUUCACAGCCGUGGAGGGCAACAUGGACAACUUCAUGGUGCAGAUAAAGAACUUAGCGCAGUCAUUGUACCCAUGCUCUGCGCAGAAGCUGGACCAAGACAUGAAGUUGCACUUUUUGAAGAAUGCUUCUGUCACUUGCAAUGACGGGUCAGCAGCAGGGUAUUAUAUCAAGGAGUCUAAAGGCAGCAAGAGGUGGCUGCUGUUCUUAGAAGGGGGCUGGUACUGUUUCAACAGGCAGACCUGUGACAGCAGGUAUGAGACGAUGAGGAGACUGAUGAGCUCUGCCAAGUGGCCACAAACCAGAACAGGAACAGGAAUCAUGUCUCCGCAGCCAGAAGAAAACCCUCACUGGUGGAACGCCAACAUGGUCUUCAUCCCGUACUGCUCCAGCGAUGUGUGGAGCGGAGCCACUCCGAAGACAAAUCAGAGUGAUUAUGCGUUCAUGGGCUCUCUGAUCAUAAAGGAGGUUGUGAACGAGCUGCUGACGAAAGGUCUGGACAACGCCAAGGUGCUGCUGCUGGCAGGAAGCAGUGCGGGCGGUACAGGCGUGCUGCUGAACGUGGACAGAGUCGCGGAGCAGCUGGAGUCACUGGGUCACGGAGGGGUGCAGGUCCGGGGCCUCGCCGACUCCGGAUGGUUCCUGGACAACAAGCAGUACAAAAUGACAGCCUGCCUGGACACCAUCAGCUGUGCCCCCACCGAGGCCAUAAAGAGAGGCAUCAGGUACUGGGGCGGUUCGGUGCCAGAGAGCUGCAGACAGGCUCAUGUUGGAGAGGAGUGGAACUGUUUCUUUGGAUAUAAAGUCUUCCCCACGCUAAAAAGCCCGGUGUUCGUGGUGCAGUGGCUGUUUGACGAGGCCCAGCUGACGGUGGACAACAUCCACCUCACCGGGCAGCCCGUUCACGAGGGCCAGUGGAGGUACAUCCAGAACCUGGGGCAGGAGUUGAGGAGCACACUGCGAGACGUACCGGCAAUGUUUGCUCCGGCCUGUCUGUCACAUGAGCUGAUCACAAGAACCUACUGGAUGGACAUUCAUGUGAAGGGCACCUCCCUGCCCAGAGCACUGCACUGCUGGGACCGCAGCCUCCAACACAACAACCACACCAACAGCACCAACCACAACCAGAAGCCCAUGACCCAACCCGCCAGGGGCUGUCAUCUCUAUUUGAUUGACAGCUGCCCGUGGCCCCACUGUAAUCCCUCCUGCCCGACUGUACGCGACCAGCUGACGGGACAGGAGAUGAGCCAGAUCCAGUUCCUGAAGCACAUGGGCUUCGACGUGCAGAAGAUGGCGCAGCAACAGGGCAUGGACGCCAGGAAGCUGUUGGGCAUGCUCAAUAACGGGAGCUGAGGCAGGGGGAGGCAACACAGAGAUAAAACUCUAAGGAGAAAAACUUUCAAUACUUCCAAACGUUGUCUUCAUCAUCAAAAAACAACUGGCGUUUGAAAAACUGACUGACUCAAGUGUGCUCAUGAGCUGCUUAAACACACCAUAUCGGAUCAGUUGUUUUAACAGAUAUAUACUGUAGACAUGCUAUAUUUGUGAGGUGUAUACAAAGUUGGGUACAACGGCGUGUGUUAAUGUAUAUACAGUAAAUUUAUAUAUAUGUAGUAUAGACUGUCAUGGCAGAGGUCAAUAGCUUUGAAAGGAAAUAUUAAAAACACGUCCAGGGGUUUUCUGUGCGGACUUCUCUUCCAUCAAGGCCGAUUUAUGGUUCAACAUCGACGUAACGCAACGGACGCAGCCGUGACCAUUUAUAGUUCUGCGUCGGGUUUACGUGACGCAAUGCAAAUCAUCGCCACAACGGUAGGGGGCGCAAUGUUUUUUGUAAAGACUGACCAAGAUUCUUUUGACGUAGAUCGUCGUCGCUCGUUGUAUUUGUUCACCAGAAGUUCACCAGACUUUCUUCUGCUUGGUCCAUUCUAGCUUCUUUUUUUUUUAAAUGGCAGUCUUUGCGGAUUGUGGGAAUUGAAAACCGGGGAAAAGCGAAAUGACAGAAAUGACGUUUGUCCUUUUAGCGUACCAAUCACAGCCUUUACGGCUGCGUUACAAUUUUUGUGAGUUGCAUGUCGGGUGCCCCCCCGGCUACACAUGCGCGAAAAUAACAAACUGUUUCCGAUCGCCAAUAUCAAGCAAUAAACUUAUACAGACAGUAGUUUCUGUGAACUACCAGCUGUUUCCGGUUAGGUAAACUAACUGGGUGCCGUCAAGUACCGUAAAAUGUAGACAUGCGUGGCACAAAUCGGGCAGGACAACGUUGAGUUUCCGCGUACGUCGUUACGCGCAUGUGCAGCCGGGGGGGAACGGAUCGGGCAUUGACAGUGCACGCAACGACGCAACGGGUCCGUAAGGGACCUUGCGUCGACGUUGAACCAUAAAUAAGACUUAACUCAGAGAUGCGUCUAUGGUGCUUCUGAACUCUCUACCCUCCACCAAUUAUGCUGCUUUUUCUAUUUUGGAGAAAUAAUGAUUUAAUGGGUAAUAUUUACUAAUAAAGUUACAAAGAUAAAAGGUUAUUUGUUUGUUUUUAAGGGUUCUCGAGUGGGAAAAAACAAUAUUUUUAUACUUAAAAUAUAUUUUAUGUGUGUUGGAUACAGUUAGCUACUGUAACAAUGUCUCUUUACAUUUUAUUAACUGGAAGUACUAAAUAUGCUAACAGUAAAUAUGUAUCCCUAUUAUUUGUAAGACUGUUGAGUUUUGUUCUCCUUUGCUGUAGUAGUGCUGCCCAUUAUGGUGGCAAACGCGCUACAACCAAGCCCCCAGGAAAUGCUCCGGUCUUGAGGACA